AUGUCAGAUGAGGUGGACAAACAGAACAGGCCUGUUAUAGAGGGUGGAGGGGGGGAAAUGGAAACCCCAGAGCAAGAAAAGGCUCCACUAAGACCUCAGAGACGCAAGAAGAGGUGGGAUAUUGUUUCUGAAGGAGAACAAAAGGUUAGUACUUCCUUGAUCUUGGACCAAAAGAGGUCAAGAUGGGACACCAGUGAGGUGGAAAUGGACAAGGAGAGCAAGGCGAAGGUUGAAAUUCAAAAUUCUGAGCAAUCUUUGGAAUCUGGAUCUCUCCAGAAAAGUGUCAAUGAAGAGAGGAAACCCCAUCCUGCUUUUCAAAAAGAGUAUACUGAUCAGGAGUUGGACAAAAUUCUUCCAUCAGAAGGAUAUGAAAUCGUGAAACCUCCAGAAGGAUACGAGAACCUCAGAAGAGCUAAUUUGGAGAACAAAAGAAAACUUUUGGAACCCGAAAUCACCCUUUAUGAGAUUCCUGAACCAAACAAAGCCUAUCCAGAGGAAUUAAAAGAAACAAAGGAUAUGGCUCAACAAGGUUUCAUGAGACAGGUAUUUCACUCAGAACUUGGUGAGCUGUCAUUAAGGAUAGAAGAUUUCCAUUUCUUUGGAAAAAUUUUUUCCACUGUUUCUGAUGAUGAUCUUUCUCCUGAAGAAGUUAAAGAGCGAUUAGUACUUACUUUACUUUUGAAAAUAAAAAACGGGACUCCAAUCCUGAGGAAAAAGGCAAUGAAACAGAUAGUGGAGACAGCUCGUGAUCAGGGGCCUGGAAUCAUCCUAAAUAGCCUCCUUCCUUUGUUAAUGCAAUCAACAUUGGAAGAGCAAGAAAGACACACCCUAGUUAAGGCUUUGGAUAGGGUCCUUCAACGUCUAGGAGAUAAAGUUAAACCCUAUGUACACAAAAUCCUGGUGGUAAUAGAACCAAUGUUAAUAGAUCAGGAUUACUAUGCACGUCAAGAAGGUAGGGAGAUCAUCUCAAAUCUUGCCAAGGCUGUAGGAUUGGCUACUAUGAUUGCAACAAUGAGGCCUGAUAUAGAUCAUCCUGAUGAGUAUGUGAGAAACACAACAGCCAAAGCCUUUGCUAUCUUGGCUUCAGCAAUGGGGAUUCCAUCCCUGGUUAUCUUUUUACAGGCGGUUUGCCAAAGCAAAAAGAGUUGGCAGGCAAGACAUACUGGAAUCAGAAUAGUACAACAAAUAGCUAUUUUGCAUGGCAGUUCUAUACUUCCUCAUUUAAAGAGUCUGGUACAAAUUGUCUCACAUGGACUCAAUGAUGAAAACCAAAAGGUAAGAGUGAUUACUGCCCUCUCUCUAGCAUCAUUAGCUGAGGCUUCAUCCCCUUAUGGUAUAGAAGCUUUUGAACCAAUUUUGGGACAUAUUUGGAAGGGAAUUUCAGAGUAUCGGAGUCGUAACUUAGCCAGCUACUUAAAAGCUAUGGGACAGAUGAUUUCUAUUAUGGAAAAAGAUCAAGCUUGUCAUUACAUCAAGGAAAUUUCUCCAGUCCUAGUAAGGGAAUUUGGUUCCCAAGACGAUGAGAUGAAAAGAAUAGUACUGAGAGUCUUGGGACAAUGUGUCUCAGUGGAGGAAAUUGGGUCAGAAUUUGUUAAGCGAAAGUUAUUAGGACCUUUUUUUGGGCAAUUCUGGACCUCCCGUAACUCCCUUGACAAGAGAACUUCUAAGUUAGUUGUGAAUACAACUGUACUACUAUCUAGACAAGUUGGACUGGAACCUAUUUUGGAUGGGUUACUGCUAUUUCUUAGAGAUGGAAGUGAAACAUUUAGAAUACAAGCCUUGGAAGCUGUUAGAAAUGUAAUGGAGAAUGUCCAAGUAAUCCACUUGGAACAGAGACUAGAAAAACUCUUGGUUGAUGGGAUUUUGUACAUUUUUCAGGAAAGUUCUGCUGAGGAAGAUACUUCUGUAGUGGAGCAUGUAGGAAGAAUAUUGACUUUAUUGGGAACAAGAUCUAAGCAAUACUUGCCCCAAAUAUCCUCUAUAAUUAGAUGGCGUCUGAAUACUCCAUCUCCAAGAGCAAGACAGACAGCUGCAGAUUUGAUAGCUCAAAUAAUUGUAGUUAUGAAACAAUGCGAAGAAGAACAGAUGAUUGCUCAUAUUGGAUUGUUUUUGUAUGAAUAUUUGGGUGAAGAGUACCCAGAGGUCCUUGGGAGUAUAAUUGGCGCCUUACAUGCAAUAGUUACUCAAGUAAGAGUGGAAAAGUUGAGUCCUCCAAUUAAAGAGUUGGUUCCAAGAUUAACUCCAAUUCUGAAAAAUAGACACGAAAAGGUACAAGAAAAUAUCAUUCAACUUUUGGGAUGUUGUGCAAAAAAAGGAGGAGACCUUGUAUCUCCUAAAGAAUGGGACAGAAUUUGCUUUGACCUUUUAGAUAGUCUUAAGGCAAACAAAAAGUCAAUCAGGAGAGCCUCAGUUAAGACUUUUGGCUAUAUUGCAAAGACUAUAGGACCACAAGAUGUUUUGGUAACUUUGCUAAACAACUUAAGAGUUCAAGAAAGACAGCUUAGAGUCUGUACAACUAUUGCUAUUGCCAUUAUUUCAGAGAUUUGUAUGCCUUACACAGUGCUUCCAGCCAUAAUGAAUGAGUACAGAAUUCCAGAUCUUAAUGUGCAGAAUGGGGUCUUAAAAACCCUCUCAUUUAUGUUUGAGUACAUUGGAACUAUGUCUAAAGACUACAUAUAUGCUCUGACCCCUUUGUUGGAGGUGGCUCUUACAGAUAGAGACCAGGUUCAUAGACAAACAGCAGCCUGGGCAUGUAAACAUUUGGCUCUAGGAGUAGCAGGGACUGGAUGCAAUGAUGCUUUGACCCAUCUACUUAACUUUCUUUGGCCAAAUGUCCUUGAGAACUCUCCCCAUCUCGUUCAGGCAGUUUAUGAAGCCCUAGAUGCUUUUAGAGUGGCUCUGGGUCCGGGAGUUAUCCUAAGCUAUUUACUACAGGGACUCUUCCACCCAGCAAAAAAAGUUAGAAGUGUCUAUUGGAGGAUUUACAACACUUUAUAUAUUGGGAGCCAAGACUCACUAGUUCCAUUUUUCCCACAAAUUCCUCCAACAGAAAACAGGAACUUUGUCAUGAACGAACUUUUCUACUGCAUUUAA